GGAAAGAAGUAUCACAAUUCACUAUACUCUCAAGUUCUUGCAGGCUGUGCUUGUUCUCAUGCCACGUGAAGCUUGAGUAGUGAUUCACUUCAUAAAUAUAAUAUAGGAAUAAUCCAUACAUAUCAACGGUUGCCAAGAUCAUCAUGAGACCAAAGAUUUAUCUGUUCGGUGAUUCUAUCACGGAAGAGUCCUUCGGCGAUGGUGGCUGGGGUGCUUCUCUGGCUCACCAUUUCUCUCGCACAGUUGAUGUGGUUCUAAGAGGGUACAGCGGGUACAACACGAGGUGGGCUCUGAAGGUUAUAGAGAAGGUUUUUCCGGCGGCUGAUCACGGCGAAGCUCCACUGGCCGUGACUGUGUUCUUCGGCGCAAACGACGCAUGUCUUCCAGGCCGAUGCUCUGCUUUUCAACACGUGCCUCUUGACGAGUACAAGCGAAACCUUCACUCCAUUGUCUUCUUCCUCAAGAAGCAUUGGCCUACAACUCGUAUUCUACUCAUUACUCCUCCUCCAAUUGAUGAAGAAGGGCGUUUGAGGUAUCCUUAUGUGGAAAAUGUGACGAAUGAGCCUGAAAGGACAAACGAAGCUGCUGGGGCGUAUGCCAAGGCAUGUGUUGCUGCAGCUGGAGAGUGUGGGAUCUCAGUGAUAGAUCUCUGGACUACAAUGCAGCACUUUCCUCAUUGGCAAAAAUCUUGUCUAAGAGAUGGUUUGCAUCUGACUCCCAGUGGAAACAGGAUUGUGUUUGAUGAAGUGGUGAGGAAGCUAAUGGAGGAAGGUCUCAGCCUAGAAACCUUAAAAAUUGAUCUCCCAAUUAUAUCUGAAAUUGACCCUAAUGACCCCCUCAAGUCAUUUCAGCAGUAAAUAUAUUGUAUCCACAUGCAUAUUCAAUAUAUGGGUGCAUGGAUUUCUCAUUUUGUGGGUUAAUAUUUAGCUUUUUGAUUACAAAUAUAUAGUUACAAAAUUACAUAUGGGUAUAAAUUGGCCAACUUUCUACA